AUGACCGACGACUUGAUGGAGGUGCAGGCUGAACCCCGGCCAAUCCCGGCAUAUUACUGCUGCUACCUUCUCCGCUCAACCGUCCGACACGCCUCGCUUUAUAUUGGUUCCACGCCAAACCCAAUCAGGCGACUUUCCCAGCACAAUGGAGAUGCGAAAGGCGGAGCCAAGAGGACGGCUCGCGACCAAUUGCGCCCAUGGGAGAUGGUUCUGGUUGUUGAGGGUUUUAUGAGUCGCGUAGGGGCUCUCCAGUUUGAAUGGGCCUGGCAACACCCAGACAGAACGAGACAUAUCAAUUCAGAUGAGGAGGAUCAUCCAUCAAAGUCAAAGGUCAUUGUGAACCCCAAAACCGGGAAAACAAAACCACGCCCCGGUCGCUCUAGAAGAUCUUUGACGGCCCAUCUAGAAGACCUACACACGCUGCUGCGAUCGACUUAUUUUUCUACUUGGCCGCUGCGCGUGCGGUUCUUCCGCGCCGAUGUUCAUCGUGUUUGGAGGGUGUGGAAUGAUCGCGUGAGUACGCCACUUCCAGAGGAUAGGGUGAUUCUAGAUGGAGACUGUCCAAUACUCGGCGGCGUCAAUGAUCAUCAAAAGGUGGGUAGCAUGAAGAAUCUUUCAAUUGACUACACACCACUUGAAAGCUAUCUCGAGAAAUCCAUGUUCAUCUUGGACGACUCAGACGAGCUAAAAUGUACGAUCUGCAAUGCACCGGUCGAACCCAGUACGCAACAAAUCGUGAUGUGUCCACAGACUUUAUGCCGCGGGGCUUCUCAUCUAUUAUGUCUAUCUACCUAUUUCCUCGAUGCAGCCGACGACCCGGAUGCCCUUAUACCGACACAGGGCACUUGUCCCGCAUGCAAGGAAACUGUGGAGUGGCCGCUCAUGAUGCAAGAGUUGAGCCUCCGUAAUCGAGCCGAGAAGGAAGCGCGAAUAAUCCUGCGCAGGAAAGAAAGACGCGAGCGAAAGGAAUCGAGGAGGCCCUCGGGCAGUCAAAGCAGCCCGAAGAAACCAAUGGGCACCCGAGGCGCGUCCGUCGAGCCUACAUGCACCCUCACCGAUAAUGACCCCUUGCUGGAUGAUGAUUGGUGCGAGAGGGUAGAGCUGGAGUCAGAUGCAGAGUUUAGCAGUGGAAAGCACACUCGAUCACCCCAGCCGACCAACAGAUUGGAAGUUGUGAUUGAAGAUAGCGACUGGGAUGACGCAGAACUCGUGGAAUGA